CCGAUGGACGCUGUACUUUCGAAAGCUGGGCGGGAGGAAACGUUGGGCGGGCGGAUCACAGUCAGUUCUGUGAUACCACUGAGGAAGCUCGUUCCAUUCACUUGUGAUUUUUUAAAGUUUCGUGACAAAAACAUAAAAAUGCCUGCCAGGAAUAAGGAACAGGAACAAGAAGUCCUGACCUGGAUCUCUGCGGUCCUUGGCGAGCCGCUUCCCAAUGGCCAAUAUGAGGACAUCCUUAGGGACGGGGUCAUCCUUUGCAAGUUGGCCAACAAACUUGCUCCUGGUUCCGUUAAGAAGAUUCAGGAGAAGGGAACCAACUUCCAACUUAUGGAGAAUAUCCAGAGAUUCCAAGCAGCAAUCAAGAAAUAUGGUGUGCCAGAAGAAGAAAUCUUUCAAACUGCUGAUUUGUUUGAAAGGCGCAACAUUCCUCAAGUCACUCUCUGCUUAUACGCUCUUGGCAGAAUUACUCAGAAGCACCCGGAGUUCACUGGUCCCAUGCUAGGUCCAAAGAUGGCUGAUAAGAACGAACGUACCUUCACAGAAGAGCAAUUGAGGGCUCACAACGCCGAACUUAAUCUUCAGAUGGGCUUCAACAAGGGCGCUUCGCAAUCCGGACAUGGCGGUUUUGGAAACACCCGCCAUAUGUAAAAACUUUCGGAUACACGCACAUUCUUCUAAUAUUAUUUGGUAUUUGAGACCAAAAAAAAACUCGGUAUAAGCAGUAUUCAAAAUAAAUCUAUGUUUCUUUCAUAUAUCUCUCCAGUUUGAGUGGUAUCUAUUUACUUGUAUUUACUUACUACUAGGCAAGUAAAGUCGCUGUUACC